UAGGGCACUUGCCUAUAUUAUGAGCUGAUUGAUGUCAAUCCUAUAAUGUAUUUAAAUACCGAGUGAGUCCCCAUUUCACUUUACACUAAACUUAUUCCCCAUACCACUCCACCAUGUCUGAAACACCACCACUGUCUCAAACCAUUGAUCCCUACAAACAUCUUCAUCUUCUCCGCAACCCCGACAGCACAAUCACACGCUUACUCCAACUUCCACACACCUCACCUUCAUCAGAUACAACAUUUCCAAUCACUGUCCUCACCAAAGACAUCACAACAAAUCAAACAAACAAAACAUGGGUUCGAUUAUUCCUACCCAACAAACCACUUCCCAACAACCAAAAACUACCUCUCAUUGUUUUCUUUCAUGGAAGUGGGUUUAUCUUAGCCAGUGUUGGUUCAACUAUGUUUCAUGAUUUCUGUGUGAAUAUGGUUGAUGAGAUUGGAGUUUUUGUUGUCUCUGUCGGGUACCGUCUUGCGCCGGAGCACCGUUUGCCGGCGGCGUAUGAUGAUGCUAUGGAAGCUUUGUUUUGGAUAAAAAGUAUGGAAGAUGAAUGGUUGAGACGUUAUGUUGAUUAUUCUAAAUGUUAUCUCAUGGGAAAAAGUGCUGGAGCUACCAUUGCUUACCACGCAGGUCUAAGAGCAGUAGAGGUUGUGAAUGAACUUGAGCCAAUUAAAAUCCAAGGGUUAAUAUUGCGCCAACCAUUUUUUGGUGGAAAAGAGAGAACCGAAUCCGAGUUAAGGCUUGUGAAUGAUCGAAUUGUUCCAUUGUGUGUUACUGAUUUAAUGUGGGAAUUGGCACUUCCAAUUGGAGCUGACCGCGAUCAUGAGUAUUGCAAUCUAAGGGUUGGGAAUGGUCUUGAGAAGUUGGAGAAGAUAAGGGACGUUGGAUGGAAGGUAUUGGUGAGUGGGAAUGAUGGAGAUCCAAUGGUGGAUCGUGAGAAAGAGUUGGCACAGUUGAUGGAGGAAAAUGGUGUUCAUGUUGUGAAGGACUUUGAAGAAGGUUCUCAUGCAAUAGAGUAUUCUGAUCCAUUGAAAUCUAAGAAAUUGAUUGAGUUAAUUAAGGGCUUUAUUUCAUAAUUUGGUGUGCUUAGGGUGAAUAUUGGGUCAAGAGUAUUGUAUGAGAUUUUCUUUGUUUUUUAGGUUACCCUAAUUUUGUUGGUAUGACUUUUACAAUGAAAAAGAGACCGGAUACUUUAAUAUCUAUUUCGGAUUUAUCUA